AUUUUUCCUAAACAAUAAAUUGAGUUUGUGUUUUACGAACAUAAACAUAUUCGAAUGAGAAUAACGAAAUCUAUUUAUAAUUACAUAUUUUUUGGAAAUUUUAGCAAUUUUGUGUUGCUUCUUGAUUGUUGAACAUCUUAUUUUCGUGGUGAAUGGUUAUACUUGCUUUGUUUUUCUUUAAUUAUAAUUUUCAGUUAUAGAGAUUGUUCAUAUACUGGGAUAAGUUGCAAAUUAUGAAUGCUGAAGAACAAAUGUAGCUGCUAUCAAUUCAUAUGCUAUUAUUGGAAUGCUUUGCCAACUAACAGUGUACUAAUUACAAUUAAAGUAUCCAGAGCUGAUCAUCAUAUUUCAAAAUGGCUGGUAAGUAUAAACAAAAGAUUCUUUUGCCAGAUGGAUGGAUUGCAAAAGUAUCACGAAGCAAUCCUGGGAAAAUGUAUUAUGUUAAUAAAACUCUUAAGAUUUCUUCCUGGACUCUGCCAGAAUGGGCUCCUCAAAAAAUAAUGAAAAAUAGCUCAAACUUGCCCUCUAAGUAUUCUAAAGUGGAGAAGAGAAGUUCUGACACAUUAUUUGCUGACCAAAACAAGCCAAAUGACCCAUCACAAAAAAAGUUUUGCUCCACAGGUUUUAAAAAAGUAAACGAUUCUACUUUGGGUUCUGUUCCAAAAAAACAGGGAGCAAAUGUUAAGUUUAAUAUAACUGCUUCUGAAAGAAAGAAAAAUUUUCAACAAAAAAAGAAAAAUUUUGACUCAAAAAUGUCUUUAAAUAAGAAUUGUGAAGUGACCUGUGGCUCUUUUAAAAAUAAAACAUUUUGCGUAUCUAAAUCAAAUGCUACCAACAAAGUUAACGUGCAGCAUUCUAAUAAAACUUCAUCUAAUCUAAAGUGUACAGUUGACAAUCCAAUUAUAUCCAAACCACUUGGUGAAAAAUUAUUACCGCCAACAAAAAAUUUCGGCAAUGUAAACAAGCUACUUGGAAAUAAAGCUUCAGAUAAUUUAGUUCACUCAAACUCAUUUAUAGAGAAAGAGCAAGCUGAUAAAGCUCGUAUCAAAAAACAAUGCCUUAUUUCGACACCUCAUGCUUUGAAUAAUGAUCGUACGGCAUUAGUUGACAAUCAUUCAACUAGUCUUGUGACUGAAGCUGAUGUUACUGGUCAUGAGACCGUCGAAGAUGUUGAAAUGUUGGAUUUAUCUAUGAAUUUUCUAAUAAUUGAUAACCUUUUAGUCGAUGAAUCAUCCAGUUUUUAUAUUGUGCUUGAUACAAAUGUAUUUAUUUAUGAAUUAGCUCAAAUUGACGAAAUUAAGGAUGUGUCUAUUAAAAAUAAUGGUUUCCCUCACAUUGUCGUCCCUUGGAUUGUAAUUCAGGAGCUGGAUAAAUUGAGAAAAAGGCCCACUGAAUCAUCUGAAAUUCAUAGAAAAGCUCACGAAGGUAUUAAAUAUAUAAAUCGUAUGAUCAAGGGAAAGCAUCCGAGAUUUCAUGGUCAGUCUCCGAAAGAAAUGAAAGAAAGUGCUCAGCCAUUUAGCAAUUGCAAUGAUGAUCUAAUUUUAGAAUGUUGUUUAAAUCUUGCCCAAAAAAUGGCACAGGAUAAAGUAAUUUUGAUAACCAAUGAUAUUAAUUUAUCCACAAAAGCUAUGAUAAGUAAUAUAACAGCUCACAAUGUUAAAUCAUUCAUGGAUUUCACAAAAGUUGAUGAAAAAGAUAAAUCUGGGAAAAGAGUUUGCCUUGAAAGCGACAUACAUAAAAAUGCCAAAGUCAAACCGUUAACUACUGUGGAAAUCUUGCCUAUUUCUGAACAAAAAUCCUCUGACGAACAUCCGCACCUUCAAGAAAUUCAUACAUUAAUGACUAAAGCAAGGUUUAUGUUAAAAGACGUGUUAUGUAAAUUGAUAAAGAUUGAAAUGGAUGAAGCUUAUGGUGAUGUGUGGGUAGCAUUUAAACUUGAUAUGACUUCACUUCAAAGCAUAUUUAAAGCUAUAGAUAAAUAUUGGAAAUGUGUUUUUUCUUUCCAUUUUAAUCAAAGAGAUUUAUGUAAUUUUAAAUUCUUGCAAGGUGUUUCAGAAAGUGUUGAUGGAUUUUUGUGUAAAGCAGAAAAAUGCCUAGAAAUUUUGACUGCUAUUGAAAAAAUCUUUAUUUCUAUCAAAAAAGCCUGGUCAGUUCUUGAAGUACCUCUUGAAAAUAUUCGCAAUAGUCAUUUAACUUGUGUAGAAUUGUUAGCAAAGAAAAAUUCAAAUGAAAAUGGAAGUCCGUCAUCUUUAUUUUUAUAUGAAGCAGUAUUUAAUCUUUUUCAACACAAUUGGGCUACUAUCAAUCAUUUAUGUGGUAUUACUAUGGAUUUUUGUGAUUUGCCUCAUGAAUUUAUCUACGAAAAACCGUCAGUCUUUCCGUCUGAAAAAGAGUUUGAAAAUUUAAUGUGUAAUUUAUACCCCUCAGUCAAGUUAAUAAAAACUUAUAUGUCUAAAACUGUUAUUAAAAAUCCUCAUGCUUCAGUACUCGAUAUUGAAUUUUAUAGAAAAUUUUUUAAGGCAUUGUGUAAUUUCAUCCCAUCUUUAAAUAUCAAAGCACCUCCUUUUGACUCUCAACAAUUGAAUGUGCUAGCCUUCUAUGAUUUUUGUCGAGAUCCCUCAAAACAAGAAACACUGCUUCUCGGUUACAAACAAUUAGAAUGUUUUGAAAAUAAGCUUGAAGAAGCUUUAAGGACGAUGGUAUCACUAAAAAAAAACAUCGCUUCUGAUAAGAUGAUCUGUGAUUGACAAAUUUAGUCGUCAGUUUAAUAAUGAAGGUCUAUUUUUAUAUUUCAAUCAUUGUAUAAAAUGUAUUUGGUUAAGUUUACUAAAUUGUUUAAAUUGAAUUGUUUACUAUGUAUAGUAACAUUAAUAUAUAUGUAUCAUCCAUUUAUUAAUGAUUUAUUUUGUAUGGUUUAAAAUUAAAUUUCUAUUGAAAUUGUGAUAUUGUAUGUUAAUGUUGAUUUAUAUGUUUAAGUUUUGUAUAAUCAAAAGCCCACAAUCAUUAAUCCAUUUUAAGCAUCUACUUGAGACAUUUAUUUUAUAAUUUUGGCCAUUUAAAGAACAUAUGCUACCUCACACUUUUCAUUGUAAAGUUAGAUUAAGUAUAUUUAAUGUGGAGGUCUUAUUUUUUUUUAGAGUUAGCCAAUGAGGCCCAGCGAGAAUUAACUCAGUAAGGGUUUUUUCAACUUUUAUUCUUAUUUAAAAUAAAGAAAAAUCUCUUUAUAAAAUGUAAAGUAUGAAUCAUUAUGAAAAUUAAACCAGUCGAGAAGCUAUAUGGAGCACAUAAAAAAUGGAACUGUAAUAAAAUAAAAAAAUUCCAGAAAUUUUACAAAAUUAUAUAUAUCCAUGGGGUGUGAAUGCACAUUCUAUAGGUAGUACAUGAUAUGUUCAUUUGUCUCAUUUCAAUGAAUAAAUUAUCAAUUCAUGAAUAUAUUGUUUAAUUAAAUUAGGAGUUUAUUCAGUUGUAUUUUUGGAAUGUUCAGGAAAAAGUUUAAUUUAUUUCCUUUAUUUCAAAAACAAAGUAUGAUAGAAAAAAAGAUAAAAGUUGAUAGUUUUUAUAUAUGUAUGAAGAAUGUAUUCAUUGAAAAUUUUGCAAAUGAACACAAUAUGGCCUACAAAUACCUAGAGUGCACAUCUUCAUUUCAUGAAUAUAUAAUUUCACAUUGCUUUUAAAACUCAUCUUCAUUAACUUUAAUUAUGUAUAGUGGAUGAAAUUAAAAAGUAAACAACCUGAAUAACUUUUCAUCUAAUGAUCGGAUUUUCAUAUAUUAGGGCUCAAUGGUUUGAGUGCCUGACCUGGACUGUAUUUUAG